AUGCCGCUUUUAUACUCGUUCGAUAUGAAGCAAUGCUUUGCAAAGAUGUGCUCUGCAGAGAAACUGGUGAAACAGAAAAUUGUAAAGGCGCUCCAGCCAACUAGAAGGUUUGGAGGGCUUGUUCUUAGCCCAGUGGGCACAAAGACUGUCUCGCCUCCAGACAGAAAAUACAUUGAUAAAUACGGCCUGGCUGUGGUUGAUUGCUCCUGGAAUAAAGUUGAUCAAGUUGACUUUACCACACUGCCCUCAAUGAGAAACAGGCUCCUUCCCUACUUAGUUGCUGCUAAUACAGUUAACUAUGGGAGGCCAUGCAGACUAAACUGUGCAGAAGCAUUUGGGGCUGCCUUAUACAUAUGCGGGUACAAAGAGGAUGCAGAGAAAAUACUUGAGCCAUUCCCAUACGGCCCAGAAUUUCUCAAGAUAAACAGUGAUCUUCUUGAGGCGUACUCAAAGUGCGAAAGUGCAGAAGACGUUAUUACAGUACAAAAUACGUAUAUUUCUGCAGGAAAAAAUAAAGAAUGA